UAAUAUAAUUUUUAACUUUAAACAAAAUGUUAAUUUUGCAGAAACCAGAGUGCUCUGAAAGAUUAAUUAAGUGGGCAGUAGAACUGGGGGAGUUUGAGAUAACGUUUCAGCAGAGAUCGGCCAUCCGAGCUCAAGCAUUAGCAGAUUUUAUUGUCGAAUGUACUCCAUGUCUUUCAACCUCUAAUCCCGAGCCCAACGACUGGACCUUAAAUGUUGACGGAGCAUCUAGUAGCAAGGGUUCAGGGGCUGGCGCUCUUUUGAUUGGUCCAGAGGGAUACCGAAGCGAACAUGCCCUGAAGUUCAACUUUGAUGCAACAAAUAACAUGGCUGAAUAUGAAGCUCUGCUACUUGGCCUACAGCUAGCAUUAGAGUUAAAAAUCAGCGUAAUUCAAGUAUACAGCGACUCCCAAUUGGUAGUAAACCAAAUCAACUCAAUCUGCGAAGUCGUUGAUCCUGUGAUGGUGAAAUAUGCAGCCUUGGUGGCCGAGCUGAAAUGCAAAUUCCAGAAAUUCUGUUUGAGCAAAAUCCCCCAAACUGAGAAUGAACAGGCAGAUUCACUCUCCAAGUUUGCCUCUGAUAGCUCUUUAAGUUCCAGAUCUGUUUUUGUCGAGGUCCUAGAUGAACCAAGCUUCAUGAAGCCUCGGGUGAUGGAGAUUAGCACAAACCCUGAUGCGCCAAGCUGGACUGAUUCAAUCAUCUCUUUUUUGCGAGAUGGAAUAGUACCUGAGGACAGGCAGGAGGCAAUGAAGUUGAGAAAGAAAGCAUCUCGGUAUACACUCAUUGAUGGGGUCCUAUACAAGAGAUCUUUCUCACUUCCUCUUCUGCGAUGUUUAAACCCCUAUGAAGCCGAAUAUGCACUUCAAGAAGUGCACGAAGGUGUCUGUGGGAGUCAUGUCGACGCUAGGACUCUGGCUCACAAAGUCUCAAGGCAAGGAUAUUACUGGCCAAACAUGCAUAAAGAUGCCACUUACUUUGUUCAGAAAUGCCUGAAAUGUCAAUUCUUUGCACAUCUGACUCACCAGCCAGCAGAGGAGCUCACGAACUUGGUAGCACCAUGGCCAUUUGCUCAGUGGGGACUAGAUCUUUUAGACCCGUUCGUGAAAGGGGUUGGUGGUGUAACCCAUCUGGUUGUUGGUGUGGAUUAUUUUACAAAGUGGGUUGAAGCUCGGCCUUUAUCUAGUCUUACUUCAAAGAAGGUCGAAGAUUUUGUUUUCAGCUCGAUCAUCUGCAGAUAUGGGAUCCCGAAUCAGAUUGUGGCCGAUAAUGGAACUCAAUUCAAUUGCUCCUCAUUCCGAGAUUUCUGUUCUAGUUAUGGGAUCAAGUUACAGUUCACCUCCGUUUAUCAUUCGGAGUCCAAUGGUAUGGUUGAAUCUGUUAACAAAUGCAUUUUGGAAGGUAUAAGGCCGAGAUUGGAAUAGCAUAAGGCCAAGUGGGCAGACGAGCUCAACAACGUCCUCUGGGCGUACAGAACCACGAGCUGAACUGCCACAGGUACUACUUUAAACCAAAUCUAUUUGAUUAAUUUCUAUAUUAUUUUACGCUUUACCUUAGAGCAAAUAUGCAUAAUGUGUAAAGCGCAUUCUAAAGUUAUAACUAACUAAAAUAGGUGAAACACC